GUCUCCUCUGUCCUCCUCCUAUACCCUCCUGUAAUACCCCAAGUUCUCCUGUCCACAUCCAGCUCCUCUCUUCCCCCAGCAUUGUCUACACCCUGUCUUUUCCUCUGUUCCUUAUCUACUACCCCUAUGUUCUCCUCUGCUCCCUCCUCCCAACUUCCCAGGUCUCUCCUCCCAACUCUCCUCCCUUCGCUCUUUCUCUGGAGGGCUGGGAUUUAAUCCCUCGAUGAUAUCAGUCUGAGGAUUUCAAAAGAAACUUUCCACAACAAGGCUGACUAACAAGGCGAAGGAGAGAGGGGACGUCAAGGGCAGCGGGGCAGGAAAAUGUUCUAUAGAAAGUUCCUGCUGGAGGCAUUGCCAAGGUUGGAAGGCUAGUGCUAUCUGGAUAACUGGAGAGAAGUCAGAAGACAGAAAAAGAACAAACGAGAGCACAAAAAGUCAACGCGACGGAGUAGAGAAGAUAAGAAGCAAGUGACACUAAGGAGAAAAUAGACUUGAAGAAAACCACAAAGUAUCAAAGGUGACACAAGUCUAAGGCUAUAAACACGGGUUAAAUAUGGAGAUGCUGGGAUCGUUUGUGUCUUCUCCUAGGUACCUUCUUCUGGAUUUAGGAUUGGUGACAUCUCCGGUAAGAAGAGUCAAUAGUGGAAUAUAACGUUGUGUGGGAUCAGUGAAAAAUUCCCAUGGGAUUCCUUUUUGGAAUACAGAGGAACAGUGGAAACACUAUCUAGUUGGUGUGGUUUUGCUUUUGACCUGUCAGCUCUUUUGACCGGUCUCUUCUGGUCACAUAUCUCCUCCUCCUACCCCUUCCUUGUACUGCCAGGAUGGCUCCAGCGCAGCAGGUGACCCCAUAUUCCUACACGUUAAAGGUCUUGUUGUGACUUAGUGUCCAAAAAGAAGACAUCGAGGACCCAAAUGUCGGACGAAGAACAAUCCCCCGGGUUGAAGCCCACCCGUGCCAUUGGCAAAGAGAUCACUAUGAAUCCUCUGCAGGAAUGGGGGGAGGAGGUGGAAGACGGAGCAAUCUAUGGAGUGACCCUGAGGAGAGUGAGGACGGAGAGCCCCUCCGGAGACUUCCUGGCCGUCGCAUCAUCUCCUGGUUAUGUCCAUUAUAAGACGUGUAAGGUCCGCAGCCUCCGUGCUGGGACUCUGGAGAAGCUGGUGGAGAACCUCCUGGUGGAGUAUCAGGGAAGUGAUACUGGGUAUGUGCCCACCUUCUUGAGCACCUACCGUGCCUUUACCUCACCUGAAAAGGUCCUGGAGCUUCUACUAGACAGGCGUCUCGAAAAGGUUGGUGAUAAAGAGCCUGUAAUGCCUGGCAGCCCUGUUCCAGACACUGCAUCUGUGCAGAGAGUGGUACGUGGUGUCCUCCAGACUUGGUUAGAAAGACACCCUCAAGACUUCCGAGAUUCUCCACAAUGUUUGCAGUGCAUCUCUUCCUACCUAAGUCAAGACAGUCGGGAGAACCCCAGCCAGCUCCUCCGUCUUGUAAAGAGCUUGGAAGAAGAGGAAGACCAAGAUUCUUCACCAAAAGAUUGGAGAUCUGUAACUCGACCAGCAGAGGGUGACUGUGAGAUCUCCGCAGAUACCACAUCUUUAUUAUCGUACCCUCCCCAGGAUGUGGCAGAACAACUUACAUUGAUAGAUGUGGAUCUCUUCCAGAAGUUGCAGUCUUGUCACUGUCUUGGGAGUAUUUGGUCUCAGCGGGACAAGAAGGAAAACAGGCAUAUUGCUCCGAGUGUCCGAGCCACCGUAGCCCAGUUCAAUGCAGUAACAGCUUGUGUGACCGCGUCCGUCCUGAGCGACAUCCAGAUGAAGCCACAGAUGAGGGCCAAAGUACUGGAGAAAUGGAUCUCUAUUGCACAGUACUGCAGAUUUCUACGUAACUUCUCCUCACUUAGAGCCAUAUUGUCGGCCCUUCAGUCAAAUUCUAUCUACCGGUUGAAGAGAACCUGGGCGGCAGUGAGCAGAGACAAUCUGAACAUCUUCCACAAGUUAUCAGCCAUCUUCUCAGAUGAAAAUAACCACGAGAUGAGCCGGGAAAUCCUAACAAAGGACGAGAUCCCGCUCCGUAGGACGAACAGUGCGCGUAACGAGCCCCGCCCACUUCAGAGGUCAGCGUCACAGGUCCGCUCCACGAGACCAGCCCAAGGGACGGUGCCUUAUCUGGGGACAUUUUUGACAGACCUUGUUAUGCUGGACACAGCUCUUCCUGACUUAGUAGAGGGUGGGUUGAUAAACUUUGAGAAGAGGAGAAAGGAGUAUGAAGUCUUGGCCAAGAUCCAGAAACUGCAGCUUACAUGUCGUCAUUAUGUCCUGACGCCAAAGCCCGAAAUCCUACAAGCUUUUUAUACUCAUCGCCAGCUGACGGAGGACCAGAGUUACAGGAUAUCCCGAACCAUUGAGCCCCCGGCGGAUUCUUGCCCAAAUUCUCCACGUAUACGCCGGAAACUGACCAAGAGGUUCAGCUCGUUACUACUAGGCUCUGAAGUGUUCAGUCCAAAGAUGAAUGGAGACCGGGUAUCUCCGUCAGGUUCCUGCAGCAGCUGUGAGAUUGAUGAAGGCCUCAUCGCUGCACUGUGUCCUGCAGAGCCCGUCACAGCGAAGGACCAUGGAGGUCUGAUGGAACCUCACACUCCCCCCGGCACUCCGGGAAGAGAAGACGGUCCUCGAUCUAUUUCGUCACCUCGCUCCCCCAUCUCUCCGUCCCUCCCUGUAUACAACCAGCAGAUUGCCGAUCUCUGUAUUAUCCGUGUCAGCAUGGAGAACACUCAUGGAAACCUGUACAAGAGUAUACUGCUCACCAGCCAGGAUAAAUCCCGUGUUGUAAUCCAGAGAGCUCUACAUAAACACAACAUUGAAAUGUGUAAACCGGACGAUUUCCAGCUGGUACAGCUACUAUCCGAGGGAAAAGAGUUGACCAUCCCGGACACUGCCAACGUAUAUUAUGCCAUGAACACUUCUGCCAACUUUGACUUUGUCUUACGAAGGAGAGUCAAAAUCAGCUGACCUUCAGACCUGCCAAAGCCCAUUACCUCGGGACUGCCGCAAGGAACUUUCUGAAGAACCAUCUCCAACAUGCGUAUUUAUGAAGACGGUGUAGCCUAUAACAACUGGAAAGUUCAUCUUCUGAACCUGUGUUCCUCCAGAUUUUCUUAGCCCAGUCUUCAUUAGGAAGGCUUCUGGUCGUCACCACUAAAUUGUGUAUACUAAUGUGCACUCUAAUAUUCAACAUGCCUAUUCUUCUGAGAUCAUUAAUAUAAAAACACCUGGACAUUUAGAAAAAUACCCCUUAUUUUUGUGUAUGCACACCUAUUUAUGGUCAUGAUUGUAAGGGAGGAUCCCAAUUUUUGGAUGACAUAACUGAAAGGUUAGCGGUAAUUUGUACUAGGGACGUGACAUGAUAAGUGGAUCGGGUGUGCCACUUUUCCUGGUUUAAAUUCUUAGGCAUUUGGCUUAUAAUUAAUUAUUUAAAGGGCAAUUCCAGUCAUGUAUUAAAAUGUCUCAAUCUGUGUGGGUUCAUAAUUUUGUCCAUAGUUGGCAGUAUUAUAGUAGUAACAGUCUAGUACAUAGGUAGUAAUAUUGCAGUCCAUAGGUGGCAGUAUUAUAGUAGUUAUAUUCUAGUCCAUAGGGGACAGUAUUAUAGUAUGUAUAGUUGUGUCCAUAGGGGGCAGUAUGUUAAUGACUAUAUUCUGGAUCCUAUAGGGCAAUAAUACAAUAGCUUUAUUCUUCUCCAUAAUAAGCAGUAUUAUAGAAGUUAUAUCCUCAUCCUCAGGCAGCAGUAUUAUAGCAGCAUAAUUUGUAAGGCCGAGAAAAGUUAUCCGUCCAUCCAGUUCAGCCUGUUAUCCUGUAAAGUGGAUUCAGA